AUGAGGGUUGAAAGUCCUAACAGGUAUCGAAGGAUGGUGCCAGAACGAAGAACAAAGGUCCGCUUGUGGAGUGGAACGUCCUAUUCCCGAGAGGCGAUUUCUGAGGGUCCUAGCCUCCGAAAGAGAAGGGCAAAAGAGAAGGAAAGAGGAGCUGCAUACGACCGGGGCCUAAAAAACGAACUUGAACACGCCAAAAAAGGAGCAGCCCUGCAUCGGCCAAAAAACCAAAUCUCGGCACCCUUAACUGGUGGACUCCUUCUCACUCUUGCGGGUCAGCCCUCUCGGGCAAAUCUCGUGGCACCCCUUCCGGCACCCUUUCUCUGCCCUCUGCCCCUUAGCUCCGGCAUUCCCUUUAGCCCCUUAGCAGCCCUCUGGAAAAGGCCUAAGGGUCACAGGCAGAUCUAUGCAAUCUCUCUCUAUCUAUCUCGGGACCACCAUCCAAAUCAUUCAUCUCGGGAACAGCAUCGGAAGAAGCAAAGGGGUCUGGUCUCCUUGAGUGUUCUCCGGAUUGAAAAAAGCAUAGGUCCCCCUAUCAUAGAGCAAAGGAAGAGAAGGGACGAAGUUCCCGUUGUUUCGACCGCACCUUUUCUUUUUUGGAUGCGGGAACUCGGUGAAGACUACUUAUACAUAAGCCUCUUCAGUGAGGUGCUCUUUAGAGCGGCUCUUGUUCCUAUGUGGUCCGAAAGGAAGAAGGGGGAGGGACUGAACAUUUAUGCAUUACUUAUCAACGAACGAACAGCGCCGAAGAGAGCGCCGUGUUCGAAGCAAAGAACGAUCGAAGGAUUAAUCCGGCCGGGAGAAUCUUGCAAACAAACCUCCACCGAUAAGACUGAUGACCGACGCAACAAUGGUCAAUACCAGACUAGAAGACGGAAGAGAGGAGUUACGCCCGGUAAAGCCAGAAAGAGAAAGUCUCUCCUGACCACCCGAAUCAGCAGAAGAGAUAUGACCAGAGGAAUGGAUUUUGAGAGCGACUUUUAA